CACAUUCUCAUGCCCACUCUCACUUACCCUCUUCCCAUUAAUUCUUUUCCUAUUAAUUUUUUUCAUUUUUUCUUAUUUUUCCUGUGUUGUGUUUUUCUUUUCCCAACCAAGCCCACCACCACAAAGUCUCCUAAACCUAGCCUUCUUGUUCUUCAUCACCAUGACUGUGUCGCCUGCCGUCCCGUCUGUUGACAAAAAGGAACGUGUCCUCAUCGCCGGCGCCACUGGUUUCAUCGGUCAGUUCAUGGCGGAGGCCAGCCUUGCUGCCGGUUAUGCCACCUACUUGCUCGUCCGGCCAGGACCCAUCAGCCAAUGCAAGUCCGCCGUUGUCAAGGGGCUACAAGAGAAAGGUGCCGCUGUCAUUUAUGGGGUGAUAAAUGAGCAGGAAUUAAUGGAGAAGAUUCUAAAAGAUUAUGAGAUAAGCAUUGUGGUAUCAGCUGUGGGAGCCAGAAACUUGCUGGACCAGCUCGUCCUGGUGGAAGCCAUGAAGUCCGUUAAAACUAUCAAGAGGUUCAUGCCGUCAGAGUUCGGGCAUGAUGUGGACCGGGCGGACCCGGUGGAGCCGGGUUUGGGGAUGUACAAACAGAAGCGUCUGGUGAGGCGCGUGGUGGAGGAGGCUGGGGUUCCCUACACUUAUAUAUGCUGUAACUCCAUUGCUUCUUGGCCAUACUACGACAACUGCCACCCUUCCCAGAGUCCUCCACCGUUGGAUCAACUUCAUAUCUACGGCGAUGGCACCGUCAAAGCCUACUUCGUUUGUGGGCCUGACAUCGGGAAAUUCACCAUGAAAGCUGCAAGUGAUAUCAGAGCCUUGAAUAAGAGCCUCCAUUUCCAACCAGCCACCAAUUACUACAACAUGAACGAACUCGCUUCCAUGUGGGAAAAGAAAGUCGGUCGCACGAUUCCCAGAGUCAUCAUCACUGAAGAUCAUCUUCUCGCUGUAGCUGCUGAGAACAUUGAGCCAAGGAGUUUUGUGGCAUCCUUCACUCACGACAUCUUCAUCAAAGGGUGUCAGAUCUUCAACCCGGACGGAGCCGGUGAUGUGGAGAUCGGAACACUGUAUCCUGAAGAGACCGUAAGGAGCUUGGAUGAUUGCUUUGAGGAUUUUGUUCUGAUGAUCCCCCCGCCGCCGGCGGAGACGAAGAAGACGACGACGGACCUCCGAGAAAGCGGCAAUAACAGUAAUGAUAAUAAUGUCGUUCCCAAUAAUAAUAAUAAUACCAGUAACAGCAACGACGCUGCAGCCGCCACAAAGUCGGCUGUGGUCAAGGCAGCGCCGCCGAUCUCCGCCAUGUGUUGAAUGAUCACCAUGAGUUCAUAUAAUAAUAUUUACUAGUAUCUGCUGUUUUUUUUCCUUUGUUUUUUAACCAUUAUUGGGGAUUGAUUUGAUUUGUGGGAUGGGAAUCUUGUUUAUUUAUAUAUGGUGAUACCUGGUGGUCGUGCACUGUUUGAACAAGGAUAAACCCAUAUGAGUAAUUAAUGUUUUAAGGCUGCUAUUUUGUUCAA